CAAAAUUAUGAAAGCGGAAACGAAAAUAAUAUAGACUACACGCAAAGCAAAAUGCAGACAUCUGUUACGGAAGUUGUUAUAAUAUAUUCUAAAUUUUAAAUACCGAUAAUAAUUAAUUUAAAUAUCAAGCUUAGCACAAAAGAUGUGAAUUAUACAAUUUUCUUAAACAUCUGACUUGAAAAAGUAAGUAUUUAUGUACAAUUAGAUAAUUAUUGAAACUACGUAUAUGUCGAGGAGUUUGAAUGAAGUUAUACGAUUCUUCGAAAAUCGGUACAUGAAUUUUAUUCAAGGUCCGUACGUUGAACAAUAAAACAUCCAAUAAAUGUUGUUUAAAUUUGAUCCGUAUUGUAAGUCCUGGAUGUUACAAUUUACAAUAAUUCUAAACGACAAUAUGUGACUACACAUACACGUAGUCAUUAUCCUUGAAUGGCGUGUUGGAUGGAAGCUUUCGCUUAUACGUCUGCGCAUUAACUGCCUACAUUACGACUCAAGCAUAGCCGGGAUCAAGUUAUUUAAGGGAAGGCGGGAUAAAAUUGUAUCGCAUUUGUUUGUACAGUUAAAUUAGUUUGUAGAAUAAUUUUUGAAAAAGGGAAACCUUCGUCUUUGAUUAUUCGAAAUUACUAAUCGAAAUUAUCGUCGGCGCCGAGCUUUUAUAUUGACCGUUUGAAUAGUAUGCGCAGAUUGAGUAUGAGAGGUAAGCAUGGGAAGUCGGAAAAGUCGGAAACAACCAGUGAUGGUGAAUUGGAGGCAAAUGGCGUCGCGCGUCUAAGUGUAACAAACGAGAAUAACGAAAUGAAGAAAGACAAAGAGAACGAAAAUAUCGAGUCCUCGCGCAGAAGUGCAGGAAAAAAGCGUACGUCUCGUGGCCGGCAUAGUCUGAAAGAAGCGAGUAAAGAUCUCAUCGGAAAAUCGGACGUUGAAGAUACACAAGUUACCGAGUCGGAAGAAGAAAACAAGAAUGUCGGAAGACCUGGACCAAGCAAGAGAUUUAAAAAGGAUGAAAAGACCUCUGCUAUCGAAAAGGAAUACGAGGUUCUAAAAAUAGUGGGUCAGCGCACUAUCAAAGGUCGUCGUCAAUUUUUAAUCAGAUGGAAAGGAUACGACGAAGAUUCCGACACAUGGGAACAAGAAAAAGAUUUAAAUUGCACCGAAUUAAUCGAAGAAUAUUUAGCCGAAAAUGCCGAGAACGAAGAGGAGAUAAAACCAAAAAAAGCGGAAAAUUCAUUAAAAUCUCCGGGAAAAAGCAAAUCUCCAAAAAUUGACAAGCGGAAUAAAAAAGCAAUGAAGACUAUAGUAAAGAAAGCAGAAAAUGGUAAACAGAUAACACCAUCCGAUGAAGAAAAAGAUGACAAGGACAAUCAGAAAGAAUUUGAAGUAGAAAAAAUUAUUGAAGUACACUUCAAAAAGAAUAAGACGAGGGAGUUCUUAAUUCGUUGGAAAGGAUUUACACCAGCGGACGAUACAUGGGAACCAGAGAAAAAUUUAAAUUGUCCAGAGCUAAUUGCUAAAUUUAUGCAGAAAGUGGAAAAAGCGAAGAAUACCGAAGCACGCGAAUUGAGAACUAAUCGUCCUCAUACAAAAAGAUAUACUUUAACUACCCACGAGCCCGGUAGGCGAUUGUCUCGUCGAAAUAUGGACAAACAAAGAGCUACGUAUCAUGAAUGUGAUGAGUAAGAGAUUACAGAGUAUCAAGACGUUCAUACGUGCACAAUCACUUAACAAAUCGGUUAACUCCACUUUUUUAAUUUUUAAUAUGCAAAAUAUAUCAAGGGUCGCGGUAGCGACCGGAAGGCAAAUUUAAGUCUGAAGGUGGCAUUUUCUUUACAGUUAGAUUUAACAGCUAAAUUACCAUGUUUUCUUUUACUAUGCGGAUAAUAUGAUAAUAAAUGCUUAUUUCAAUAUAUAUUUUAAAAGAGAAUAUAGUUUUAUACACUUUUUCUUUUAUGGAGUUAACCGAUUCGGCAUGUGAACGCCUGGGGUAUGUAUACGUGACUUGCUUUGUAAAAAAUUCUCCCACAGUCACGUUUAAUGGCAAUCUAACCAACGUGCAACUUUUUUCUGAGUCAUCUGCGUCGGUGGCAAUUAAUAAACAAGUGUUUUCGUCUUUCUACGUACUGUGAAGAACUAAAGCAUGUAAUGCCAUAUUGAGAAGUCAUGGUGCGUCAUAAGACUAUAAUGUUUCGGUCCUUUUCUUUUUUUAGAUUUGUCCCUCAUUAUGAAGGAAUUACACUACUAUUACAUACAUGUAUGUAAACAUUAUAUAUCAUUUUUUAUUACGUUGUAAAGUGUCAAACAUUUUCAAUGUUUAUAAAAUAUGUAUAUUGAUACUUGGAUCGAAUGCAAAGUAUCCUAUAUUUACUCUAUAAUUCGAUAAAACAUUAGUGGAUAAAACUAAUUUGAGAUUGGCAAGAGUAAGUGUCUGUGAAAUUGAUUAGUAAAUUGUAGAUCUAGAAUAAUUAAAACUUGUAUCAUUUAUGGUUUAAGUAUUUCUAUAAGUACUAUAAUUGAAUAUAAGAAGAUUCUGAUUCUAUUAAUAUAAAAACUGGCAUGAACCAAAUAAUUUUCAUAACAUGUUGGUUCAUAUUUAUAAGACAAACAAAGAAAGGAUAAAAAUCAUUUCAAAUGUUUUAUUUCAUAACUUCUAAUAUUCUUGCCAGUAAAUAAAAGACAUACACCCGUUUUGACAUGUGUACGAAUUAUACUUUGAGAAAGAAAAGGAUAGUGGAUUUUUGGUGUAAAUUUUUUUAUAAUUCUCGAUUUGUUAUAAUAAUUAUUACAUGAAUUAUGCAAGUCAAAAAACGAACAAGAUUAGAAAUAGUUGAUACCGAAAAAAGGUAUUAUAACAAUUUCGAUCAAACUGAAAAUGGUAUUAAUUUCUGGAAAAUAUUUGUUAUAGUAUUAAUCAUCUUGGUCUUAAUAAUUCUAUUUGUAAUGUGUUGUCGUUACAUCGGACAAAUCGUUUGCAUAUUUAAAAGGUUCAUUGUAUUUUUGUUUCUAUGAUUUAUGCCAUGUGUUUGUCACAUUUAUGUCUAGUUUUUGGUACUAUACUACAAUAAAAUUAUAUGUACGUUCGUAAAGAUGCCUUGUCCGACGAAAUAGCAAGUGUAAUGAUGAUUGUUCUCCCAUAAUAAAAAGAACUAACACCAAUUCGUAUCUGAAACAACGAUUUUCAUGGCCCGCAACAUGCGAUUUUUCAAAAUUUCAUGUGAGACGCGAUGGACAAAGGAAUAAACAAUGUGAAAAUAAAUGUAAACUAAAGACUCUUCUACAGG